AUGGACUCCGUCAAGAUCCGUGGAGAAGGAGAGGAUGAGAUGGAAGUGUCUCCCUAUGAAGAUGUGCCCAUGGACCCUCGCAUGGCCUCCUUAGUGGCAGCCUCUUCAUCACUGCCCCUGGCUGGCCAGAAUCAGUGCCUGAAAGCAGCUCAGGAUUGUGGCCUUUAUGAAAAGUGCGGCUCUUUGCGCUCAGAAUAUGUCCUGGCUUGCACCAAGCGGAUGCCUGGCUCUGACCGCUGUAACCGCCAGAAGUGCCACCGGACACUGCGGCGCUUCCUAGAGCGGGUGCCUGAGGAGUACAGCAUGGGUGUCCUCUUCUGCCCCUGCACUGACCCCCUGUGUGGGGAGAGGCGGAGGAAGACCAUUGUGCCCUCAUGUUCCUACCAGGAGAUGGAUGGACCCCAGCCCAACUGCCUGCACCUGCAGAGCUUCUGCCGCAGGGAAGAACUGUGCAGGUCCAGGCUGGCUGACUUCCUCCAUAACUGCCAGUCGUCUCCAGUGUCCACCAGCAGCUGUGUGAUGGACACAGCAGGCCUGUGCCUCAGAGCCUACGCCGGACUCAUUGGCACAGUUAUGACCCCCAACUACAUCAGUAACAGCUCUGCAGAUGUGUCACUGUGGUGCAACUGUGAGGGGAGUGGAAACCAGUGGCAGGACUGUCUGAGGCUGCAGCGCAUGUUCACCCACAACGCCUGCCUCCGUAACUCAAUCAGCUCCAUGGGCAGCCCUGGUGUGCAGCUGGUGGAGAAGACAGCACCUCCUCCCCCCAGGCCCUCUGCUCUGCUGCAGGAGGAGGAGGAGAUAAGCAGCAACCUCCUCCCUGAGCAUCACAACAUCAUGAGCACAGUAAUGGAGAGCGAGGAAGAGCAACUGAGAGAAGAACAGGAGGGUGAUGAGGGAGGUCAGUUUGAUGUCAUCUCGUUGUACUCUGAGAGGGCCACCACUUCCAACCUAGGGUCGGGGACGGGAGGAGCCUCCUACCGGUUUACAGCUCCUGCUCCACUCCUGCUGCUGCUCUGCUCUGCCUUCACCUGCUCCUCCCUCACCUGGUCCUCUCUCACCUGGCCUUAG